AUGGGCCCCACCUCGCGGCGCACCGGCGUGAUCGGCAUCAAGUGCGGGAUGUCGGCGAUGUGGGACAAGUGGGGCGCCAAGGUGCCCAUCACCGUCCUCUGGGUCGACGAUAACGUUGUUACCCAGGUCAAGACCGCCGAGAAGGAGGGAUUCUUCGCCCUACAGGCGCUACACGAAAUUCCCCCGAGUUCUCUCUGUGAAACUUGUUCCACUGAAAUAAAUGAAGUAUUGAACGGCUGCUGGUUCGAUUCACUCGCUAGACUUGAAAGCAAUGAUGUCGCUUAA